GUGGGACCAUAAUUUUUAUUAUUUUUUCUUUCUUUAAAUAUCAAUAUUUUUUUUAUUUUUCCAUUAUGUAUUAUUAUUAAUUAUUCAGUUAUUCUUUUGUUUAUUCUUCGGAUUGGAUAUAUAUUUAAUAUAAGAAAUAAUAAUUAUAAUUUGUAUUUGGCAUAGAAAAUAUAUAAAAGUAUAUAAAAAAAAGUUAAGGACUAAAAAGUUAUUGACUUUGAUUGUGUUGCUUUAAAUAUAAAUUCACUAAUACAAUAACAAAAAAAAAACACGAAUGUAUUUGUAUAUGGUUAUAAAAGGAAAUGACGACACAUAUUACCGCGAGAACGAGUGUAUUCUUUUGCCUAGCAACCAGAAAUGUAUUAAGUAUAAACAUAACGAGUCGUCGAUGUGUCAAAUGUGCCCGUCGAAAAAAAAUAAGCAAUUCAAUGUUUAUCAAUUUUUUAAUCCACACUAUUCAUAUAAAUGUACUUAAAGUAUUAAUAUAAUAAAAUUUUGAGUGUUUGUGUGUUUAUAAGAAAUAACAAACAGCUGUCGAGCCGGGUCAACACCCGGUACUUAUCAGUUAUUUGAAUUUGGUAAACCUCCGGCAGCGAAAUAUUCUUGGAUUAUAAUCAGAAUUUAUAAUUUAUCAAUAUCAAGAUGUCAGGAAAAAAUAAUGGUGAAAAAUUAUCGGAAAUAGACAGUCAUGUCACCAAACAUUAUAAUAUCAUCAAACGACUUGGCAAAGGGGCAUAUGGAAUAGUGUGGAAAGCUAUUGAUAAAAAAUCGAAAGAGACUGUAGCAGUUAAAAAAAUAUUUGAUGCUUUUCGAAAUCAAACUGAUGCUCAGCGAACAUUUCGUGAAAUAAUGUUUCUUUUGUCUUUCUCAAAUCAUGAAAACAUAAUUCAAUUAAUUGGACUUCAUAAAGCUAACAAUGAUCGUGACAUUUAUCUUGUUUUUGAAUUCAUGGAGACUGAUUUACAUAAUGUUAUUAAAAGAGGAAAUAUUUUGAAAGAUAUUCAUAAAGUUUUUAUUAUGUAUCAGUUGUUUAAAGCAACAAAAUAUAUUCAUUCAGGGAAUGUUAUCCAUCGGGAUUUAAAACCCUCAAAUAUACUUCUUAAUGCUCAAUGCCAUUGUAAAAUAGCAGACUUUGGGCUGGCUAGAUCAGUCACGCAAAUCGGCGAAGGAGACGGAGAAACUGGUAGCGAUCCUACUUUGACUGAUUACGUUGCGACAAGAUGGUAUCGAGCUCCAGAAAUAUUGAUAGCUUCUAAAAAAUACACAAAGGGAAUAGACAUGUGGUCGUUAGGUUGUAUUUUAGGCGAAAUGUUACUUGAAAAGCCUCUUUUUCCAGGAUCUUCGACGAUCAAUCAGGUCGAAAGAAUAAUGGCAACUUUGCCACCCCCUACACCACAAGAUAUUAUUUCUGUAAGCGCUGGAUAUGGAUCAAAUUUGUUGGAAAAAAUUCCUAAUAUAUCACGGCGUACUUUACAACAAAUUUUUAUUGGUGUACCUGCAAAAGCAUUAGAUUUAAUUGAAAGACUCAUAGUAUUUAAUCCUAAUCACAGAUUGACUGCCGUUGAAGCACUGGAACAUCCUUACGUUGCUGAUUUUCAUCAUCGAGCUCAUGAACCUGAGCGUGGUACUAACGUUAUACCUCCAUUGCGUGACGACGUUCAGCUGAGAGUUGAAGAUUAUCGCAAUAAACUUUACGCUAUGAUGGAUGAAAAACAUCGUAAACACAAAAAUAUGAUAAAAUACAAAUUUUGUAGUAGGUCUAAGCCUAGAAUUCGACGGAUUUCGGAACAUAUAAGAAAGGACACAGGGCAAGGUGACGCUGUUGCGAAAAAAAAUUUUGAAUUUUUUAGUAAUGACCUACGAAAAGAGCGUGAAUUCAAUGAGUCAUUUAAAAAAUCACACAAUCCCGGAAAUAAAAGUAACAUAUCCCAAUACGCUCACAAUUUGAUAAAUGGAAAUUUUCCAAUUAUAGCACCUAGUCACACUAAAAGUUGUCAAUUUGUCAGUCACCACCAACAGAAUCAUAAUCAUAAUCACCAUCAUCAUCAACAGCAGCAGCAACAAUCAUCUCUGACAAAAUCUCAGCGUUCUGUACAAUCGGAUCAAAUGACUGGAUAUGGCGUCACUAAUAAAUCGAAUAACAUAUCAUCGAUAAAUCAGCCAACGAAAUUACGACGUGGCACUAAAUCACAAGGGCUUAAUAAUAACAUUAAUAAAUACUCAACAAUAAUAAAUGGCAGUAAUGCUCCAUCAAGAUAUUCAUUAGCUAAACAUGCUAACAAUCAGGAUAGUCCAACAAGUAGCAUUAAUUCUGUUAAUAACUAUCUCACUAAAAUUCCAAACAAUAUUACUAAACAUUUUGCCGUGGGUACUGGUAGUAAUGACCCAACCGAUAAUAAUAACUCAUUGGAAAGUCAAGUGAUACUUAAUUAUUUAAAUCAAACGAUACCUUUAAGAACAACGGCAAUAAGUGCAAUAAACGGCAACAACCGGACUUCAGUAGUUAAUAAUAACAAUGUAAUUAAUCGUCAUCGGAAUGAUAAUAAUAUCAACGAAACAAUCAGUGGAUAUAAAAUUACGCGUAGUCAAACUCUAAAAAACAAUCUUAAACACACUGGCGUACAAAAACAAUCAAAUAUAAGAAAUUUACGAUCUAUCAACAAUUAUAAUCAAAAUCACGGUGUAAUUACAGCUUCUGCGUACAGCGAUUUGAAAAAUGGAUCUGUAAAGUGGUAAAACUAAUCCACACCAAUGUCAUCUGAUGCUCAUUUUAAUAUUAGCUCGACAACAGAGAUACUAACAAUAAUUGUUUGAUAAAUUUUUUGUAAAUAGACAUUUUUUAAUUAAAUGCUCACUGUGUGCGGUGU